AUGCUCAGACACGGUCCCAUUGAUAAACCCCAGAAGCCCAGAAAACAGAAAGCUCAUCCCACCAUCACAACCCAGCCCUGGAUCUGCAUGGCCUGCGUCCAAACCAAAGACCCGUCUCAGAAAUUCCAGCUCAACGAUACGUACUUCUGCAAAUCAUGCACCGGGAGAUGGGGUGUCAAGAACGACCCGAAUCACAUAGAGUACAUGCUCUGUCGACGCACACUCCGCGACGCCGAGAACAAGCUAAUCCUUGACCAUGAGAACAGACCAACUAAGUGUAGGCACAAGAAUGCAGUCGCAAACGCCACCUGCUUGGCGUGUACUGCAAGGUUGCCGAAUAAAGACUUUGGGACGCAUUUGAGCUCGCAGACGCCGGUUCUGCUGCUCUACAAAGGCGCGGCGGACACGCCAUGGUUUUGCGCGACUUGUGGGGUUCUUAAUUCUGUAGGGAAGCUGAAGUGCCAUGAUGAGUGCGGAGUGCUGCGUGAGAGUGGGCUCAAGGUCUUUUCUGUUCCUUCGACGUUGGAUGCGACGGCUUAA